UUGAUGCUCAGUACUGUGGGUUCAUGCACAAAAACGUCGUUGCGGUGUUUCACUUCUGUUGUUUCGAAGGAUGCGCAAAUUCGGUACAUGAAUCAAGAGUUAUGUUUUCUGGUCGACGAGGAGGAUCGACCUGUUGGCACUGCGACCAAAAAAAUCUGUCAUGAACAACAGUCCGGCAAACGACCACCGCUGCAUCGUGCAUUCAGCCUGUUCCUAUACGCUCCUAGACCGGAUUGUUCGACCAAUCUGUGCUUGCUUAUGCAACAACGAGCUGCAUCGAAACUAACGUAUCCGAAUUUGUGGUCGAACACGUGUUGCAGUCAUCCGUUGUCUAAUGUGCCCGGCGAAGAUGAACCACGUGAUGCACUUGGCUUGAGGCGUGCUUCCCGGCGUAAGGUACGUUUCAUUUUCCGUUACCAUUACAUAAAACAGAACCCGCACAUGAUUCAGUGCAAUCCGGAUGAAGUGAGUGCCACUCGUUGGGUCAGUCGAUCGGAAUUAGAUGCACUUGUUCGAUCCAAAGAUUCCACUCCCACUGCUCUUCCUCAUACGUGGUCCUUGAACAGUCUCACUCCCUGGUUUCGUACACUGUUAACUACGGGAUUGUUACAUCGAUUAUGGGACUGGGCUGAGACAUACGCGAAUCGAAAAUCAAACCCCGACCGAUUUGAAAUCGAGGAUGAAUGUUGGGACCGUGAACGCAUCCAGAAACUUGACUGUGCUCACUGA